AUUCAGGUUAUGUUUUAUCAGAUAAAUGACAAACUUCACAGUUACGUAGCUGUGUGGUAAGAUAGGUAUGACGACUUAAUCAGCUGGACGUUUUAAAUUUCAAUUAAUGUAGAAUGUCUGCUAUAAAUCGUGAAUGCAAUACAAUUAAUUACCUAUUGCAAUUUUGAUUGUUUACAAUUCACCAAAAAUACUUUUAUUAGACAUAUUUUUUUUGUACAUAAGUGCAUUGUUCAGUUCUGUUUUCGUCAUUAUUUAUUAACCUAUGUUUAAUAAGUGUGCAAUCAUUUAAAAUGUUUAUCAUUUCAUCAUAGUAAAUGUAAAAGGUUUAACUAUAAAUAAUUAUAAGUUUACGAGGUGACAUGUAUUUAUUCAAGAACGAAUACGAGAAAAAAGACACAUGCUGUCAUAAAAAGUAAGGUUAAAUUCUCCUGAGAUGAAAACUCUAUUCUUUGUUGUCAAUGUCUGUUUUUGUCUGAACAUAGUAAGUUCUUAUUCAAACGAGCACAGUUGAACCAUUUUCACUUUGAUAAUUGGAAAUAUAACUGUAUAAGCCUGCAUAACUUGUCGCUCUUGGGAGCAAUUGUCAGCAAGCCUGCCAUAUAAUACAUUCACUGCACCAAUUGAGCUGUGUAAUCUAAAAGUUAUAUUUAGAGUAAAAAAUGCCAGGAGAACCAUCUAUAACAACUGGAAAUAAAUCUUCUGGAAAAAUUAAACGAAUUUCUAUUCCAAGAGUUCAAAGUAGUACAGAUACAGAAUUGCAGUCACAAAGUGGUUCGACUCCACUACAACCAAAUGCACAUCAUUAUGCUGCAUUUCGUAUAGACUCAGAUGACAGUACAUUGCCCCCAGCUGUACGAUGUCGGUUAUUAGAUUUGUUUCAGCAGAUAGAGAAGGAAUUUGAAAUUCUUUAUUCAGAAAAUUUGGCAUUGCAAGAGAAAAUUGAUACUCUUAAUGAAAAGGUUGAAAGAGAAUGUUAUGGUUCUGGAGAACGAAGCUUACCUAUUGGGGAUGUUGCAGAUUUCCCAGAUACAAAAAGUCUUUCAAAACAAAAAUCCAUGGCAGGAAAUUCAACACAGAAAACGAAGACAACUUCUAACAAGUUGAAAGCGCAAACAAGUAAAAUAGUUUCUAGUUUUAAAACACCGACUAUGACAUGUAGUAUGCAAAGGGAAUAUUCUGGUCAUCGAGAUGGUGUUUGGGAAGUUUCUGUUGGAAGAUUAGGACAAAUUAUUGCUACAGCUUCUGCUGAUCAUACCGCUCGAGUGUGGGCUGUAGAUAGUGGACGCUGUCUUCUACAAUAUAUAGGCCAUUCUGGUUCUGUUAACUCAGUGCGCUUUCAUCCAACCAAAGAAUUAGCAUUAACAUCCAGUGGGGAUAAUUCAGCUCAUGUAUGGCAGGCAGCUGUUGAUUGGGACUUUCCUAAAAGGCAGAAUUCAAGUGAAGACCUUUCAGCAUUAAGUUCUGAUAAAAAUAUUAGCGGUGUGAUUCCUAUAAAUGAGGAACAGGAAGAACCACCAACUUUGAGAACUCCAGUACGAGAAUUGCUAGGUCACACAGAUGUGGUGAUGGCCGCAGACUGGUUACCUGAUGCAGAACAGGUUGUAACAGCUUCUUGGGAUAGAACAGCAAAUCUGUAUGACGUAGAAACUGGAGAUAUUAUACACACGUUAUAUGGUCAUGAUCAAGAACUGUCUCAUGUUUCUACUCAUCAUACACAAAGGCUCUGUGUUACUUCAAGCAAGGAUAGUACUUUUCGUUUAUGGGACUUUAGGGAACCUAUUCACUCAGUUUCUGUCUUUCAAGCACACACAGAGACGGUAACAUCUGCCGUCUUUACACGCGAAGAUAAAAUCGUUUCCGGUUCGGACGAUCGGACUGUAAAAAUAUGGGAAUUACGAAAUAUACGAAGUCCUUUAGCUACGAUUCGAGGUGAUAGCGCUGCAAAUCGCUUAGCUGUUUCUAGUACUGGCAUUGUGGCAAUUCCACACGAUGACAGACAGAUUAGACUGUUCGAUUUAGGUGGUCAAAGAUUGGCUAGAUUACCUAGAACGAGUAGGCAGGGACACCGGAGAAUGGUAUCGUCGGUAGCUUGGACUCAAGAUAAUGGAGUCUGUAAUUUGUUUUCUUCUGGUUUCGACAGACUAGUCCUUGGGUGGAGUAUUGUACACCUCAAGGAAUAUUGAGGAUAUAUAUAUAUGUAUUUAAAAAACAAAUAGGAGUCAAAUGUUUCAGUGUUUUAAACUAAAUAACAGUAUAAAAUAAAUUCUGUUGAAUGUAUAUUAUUAAUAGAUUAGUCUCAAAUUUCGAAUGUUGUAGGGAAAAAAUUAGAUGCACAGUUAUACACCAACGUUCCCAUCCCAAGAAUUAUUGCAGAUUCCAUUUUCCCACUGUCGGAUACCACUGCAAUUAGAUAAUGUAUAAAUCAGUGAAAUGAAAUUAUAAACACAGUGUAAUAGUUGUAAUAAAUUAUAAAUACACGUUAA